AUGUUCGACACGGCUUAUGUUGCCUUGUUGGUUGCUGUCAGGUGUUGUAACAGUGGGAGCAGCAACAACCUGAAGCUGGUGGGGCACACCAGCCUUACCAACAUAUUCAGCUUCGGCCCGGCGCCGCCGGCCGUCGAUCGGUCGGCGCUGGACCGCUGCUUCUGCCAGCUGGAAGGCCAGGUGGACGACUGUGAGUGUAAUGUGGAUACCGUGGACUUCUUCAACAAUGUCAAGAUCUUCCCUCGGCUGCAGUCGCUGCUAGUCAAGGAUUUCUUUCGUUUUUACAAGGUGAACCUGCGGCGCCAGUGUCCGUUCUGGGAGGAUGACGGUAGCUGCUCGCAGACUACCUGCCGCGUCCGGUGCUGCGCCGAGGAGGAAGUGCCCAUCGGCUUAAAGGCUGCUGCAUCUGCACCGAAGACGGAAGAAAAGCCAAGUUACAAGUACACCGAAGCUGCCCAGACGGCGGAGGACGCGGGCUGCGACGGCGAGUCGCUGGGUGACCUCAACACCACCAUCAGCGCGUCUCGCCAGCGGCGCCUGGACAACUGGACGGCGCAUGACGACGCGCUGGACAGCUUCUGCGACAUGGACGACGAGUCGUCGGCCGACAUGCAGUUCGUGGACCUGCUGCUGAACCCGGAGCGGUUCACGGGCUACCGGGGCGUGUCCUCCACGCGCGUCUGGUCGGCCAUCUACGACGAGAACUGCUUCAAACCGAAAGUCAGUAGUCCCGAGAACAAGUACGGCCCAAUCGUCGAUGCGUCAAACCUCGGAGCCGACCCUUUCCUGAUGGGCCUGUGUCUGGAGGAGCGCGUGUUCUACAGGGCCAUAUCGGGCCUGCAUACCAGCAUUACCGUCCAUCUCUGCAGCGAGUACCUGCUCUCAGAGGGGUGCCGCGGUCUGGGCCAGCUGGCGCCUGAGGUGGCCCGCUGGGGCCCGAACGCUGCCGAGUUCCACCGGCGAUUCGACCCGGAGCUGACCGGCGGCCACGGGCCUCGCCGCCUCAAGAACCUCUACUUCGUGUACCUGCUGGAGCUGCGCGCGCUGGCCAAGGCGGCGCCCUAUCUGACGCAGCUCGAGUACUUUACUGGCAACGCCGAGGAGGACGACGAGGUGCGCCAAGCGGUCAGAGACAUCCUGCCCGUCAUCAGCGACUUCCCGAGUCACUUCAACGAGUCGGUGCUGUUUCGCGGCGGCCAGGAGGCGCGCAAGCUUAAGACCGAGUUCCGCGAGCACUUCCGCAACAUCUCGCGCAUCAUGGACUGCGUCGGCUGCGAGAAGUGCAAGCUCUGGGGCAAGCUCCAGACCCAGGGCUUAGGCACGGCUCUGAAGAUCCUGUUCUCUGGCAAGUUCGACAAUCCGGACGUGUUUAAGGAGGGCUCGCCCAAGCGACAGAAGUUUCAGCUGUCCAGGAAUGAGAUUGUUGCGCUAUUUAACGCCUUUGCAAGACUCUCCACCAGCGUGAGGAACCUCGAGAAGUUCCGGGACCUGGAGAGGUGAUGCGGCGCCCCGGCGGCCGCGCCCAGGUGGCGGGGGAGGCGUGCGCUCCCUGAUGGCAGUGGGAGGGGGCUGCCCUGCACCGCUGACGGAGCCGCUGCCGGAGCGGCGCCAGAUGACGGUGUUGUGAUACACCAACGGCCGGUGGUGACAGCAGGAGGCCGCGUCAGCUGGCCGCCAGGACAAGGGGCACGAUGGGGAGGAGAGGGGCAGGGGCAUGAGGUGUCCGACUGUGUGCAGAGAUGGCUGGCGUCGCUGCCCAGGGCGGGUCGGGCCCUCCAACGUUGAACCACACAAGGACAUCGGUCUGGGUCGAAUGAUGUGGCACAGUUGCAUUUCUUGGCGUGGGAUCGCUGUGAUGGUGGGACCGUCACAGCGAAAAGCUUUAUGGGGUCUCCUGUUUUCGUUUUUACUUGUUCGCUUUGUUUCGUCGUGUUACGUUUCCAGUUUUAUCGCGAGCGCUUUUGCAUGUGCGUCAAUUCGGUGUCAUGUUACGUCGUAAGAUGUUAAUGCUGCAGCCGGUAUGUGUUUGCAUGCCGAGGAUGCGGGUACGAUGAGCGCUGGAGGCGUGUCUUGGCCUAAAGUGACGUGUUUGAAAAGAGCACAUUGUGCCGCAGGCGCGGGCGCAGUUUACGUAUGUUUGUGAUCUUCGUGUUAAUUUAUCGCUGGGUGUAAGCGCUCGUGAUUUGAGGCAUAAUUAUGUUGGCGGCUGCGUUCUACAUCCGAAUCGUAACUUUUCUCAGGUAUCAGUCAGCGUGCGCAUUCCUCGCAGAUUCGCAGAUUCGCACACUUCUUUCGGCCGUUUCGAGCGUUUUGCGGCGCCGCCUUUGGCGUAUGGAAUCGGAGUUAUACGGCCUGGCGCACUCGCACACCCCGCAUCGUUUACAUGCAUAAUCAUAUAGACGUACUGCAUUGACGAGGCUUGUCCAUGCACCAAGCGGUAGGCCAGUGUGAAGCACUCAAGCCAAACGCCCGCACGUGCGCUACUGGCGCCGUCUGGACUAGCCGUGUCUGGGCUGGCCAUGUCUGGACUGGCCGUGUCUGGGCUGGCCAUGUCUGGACUGGCCGUGUCGUGGCUCGCCGUGUCUGGCUCGCCGUGUCUGGCCUGUCGUGUCUGGCUUGUCGUGUCUGGCUCGCUGUGUCUGGGCUGGCCAUGUCUGGCUCGCUGUGUCUGGGCUGGCCAUGUCUGGCUGGCCGUGUCUGGCUGGCCGCGCCAACGGCGGCUCUGCCUCCACCCUGCGCUACCACGGUCAUCUCCAGCAGUAUCGGUGGCUCUGGUCGGCACGGGUUGACCGGUGGAGCGUGACGCCGCGUCUCUGUCUCGAAAUGAAGGUGGCAGUGGGUGUCGGACCGGCACGCACACCCUGCUCCUGCAGGGACAAGUGCCUGCACUGCUGAGAGUGGGGGGGGGGGGGGCU